GGCUACAAGCCUGUACUGCAUGUUACUGUACCCAAUACUGUGGGCAAUUGUAACACCAUGGCAGAGAUCUGGCUCCACAAGCAGGCCCAGAAGGAGGGCUGGAGCAAAGCUGCCAAGCUCCAUGGAAGGAAGACCAAGGAAGGCCUGAUCGGGCUGUUCCAGGAAGGAAACACAACUGUUUUAGUGGAGGUGAACUGUGAGACAGAUUUUGUUUCCAGAAAUUUAAAAUUUCAGCAGUUGGUACAGCAAGUAGCCCUUGGAACCAUGUUGUAUUGUCAGAGCCUAAAAGAUCAACUUCCCACAUACAGUAAGGGCUUCUUGAAUUCUUCUGAGCUUUCUGGACUUCCAGCUGGACCUGACAGAGAAGGGUCACUCAAGGAUCAGUUGGCCUUAGCAAUUGGGAAACUGGGAGAAAACAUGACCCUUAAACGCGCUGCAUGGGUGAAGGUGCCAUCUGGGUUCUACGUUGGCUCUUACGUCCAUGGCAUCAUGCACAGUCCCUCCCUGCACAACCUGGUGCUGGGGAAGUAUGGGGCCCUGGUCAUCUGUGAGACAUUCGAGCAGAAAGCCAACCUGGAGGACCUCGGUCGCCGCCUCGGGCAGCACGUGGUGGGCAUGGCCCCACUCUCUGUCGGCUCCCUGGACGAUGGGCCUGGGGGAGAGGCAGAGACCAAGAUGCUGUCCCAGCCAUACUUGCUGGACCCCUCCAUUACCUUGGGACAGUAUGUACAGCCCCAGGGCGUGUCUGUGGUAGACUUCGUGCGCUUUGAAUGUGGAGAAGGUGAAGAGCCAGCAGAGGCCGAGUAGGUUCCAGAGGCUUUGGCCCAGGAGGAAUGUUUUUGGCUCUGGACAUCAUGAAAAAAGAAGUUAUUUUCUAAGCCUCUUCAAACCUAGAAUUUAUUUUUUGUUUGAGUUUAUAAUAAAAUUGUAUGCGUCAUGGGUAGUUACUAAAUACAAUCAUUAUAUAAUAAAAAGAGCAGAAUUUUUUCCAUGUUUGUAUAAUACCAGGUUUAGCUUUUUUGUGCAUUAGGUGUGACAGGCUUUUAAAACAACAGGCAGGCCUUAUGGACGUGUCGGGCAGUGGCUUGGAGAACAGGCAGCAGUAAUUCCACAUGGAUGUACUGGGGUGUCCUUGAGACCUCUGACUCGCACGUUCUGUCUUUCUCCUUAUGUGACUUAGCACUCUUAAUCUGCUUUUGCUUUGUGACAGUUUAGGCUAUGCUUCUACCCUGGAACUUCCCUGGUUACAUUACUUCUGCCAUAUGAUUUCAUUGGAAUUAUUAAUUCAAACAGAGAAUUAUCUGGGAAA